AUGCGACCAACAUCAGAGACGGUGGACGAGGUGGACGAGAUGGAGGAAGAGGAGCUUGAUGAGGAGAUCCAGGCGCAGGUGAACGAGUGGUCGAGCAACAGCAGCGACUCCUUCACCAUUCAGCUGCUACGAGGCGGCAAGGUCGCGGCUGCCUUCCAGCCCGAGUUCACAUAUGCCAUCUUUGGCGAGCAAGAAUCGAUAUUCGGCUAUCAAGGUCUCGACAUCAGCCUCACCCUACGCGCACACGACUUGCACCCGAGGCUGAAGUUCAAGGCCAGCAAGACUUUCCCAGCACAAGGCGAGGUACGACCAACAGACAUCGAGGAGGCACUUCGAGACUUCCUUCCUGCAGCCGCUUUCGAGGACAACGCACCACCAGAGCAGGUCGACUUCCAGCCACCCGGCGACAAGAUCCACGAAUAUAAGCGCAAUGGCAAGACAUAUCAGGUCUGGUGUGCAAGCCUGGCAGAUUCAAGAGCACGGCAGAUACUGGAGAACAUGCAGAUCUUAGCAACUAUGUUCAUUGACGGCGGUACCAUACUUGAGCUGGAGCAAGAUUGGACCACCGCGCGCUGGAAGCUCUUCCUGACGUACCAGGUCGAUCAAGGCGCCAGCAGCGGCAUUCCACCAUAUCAGCUGAUUGGAUAUGGCACCUCCUACAGGACCUUCACCUUCCCCGAUCGGUUAAGGAAAGUACAAUUCGACGACUUCUCUCCAAGCUCGCAACCAGCUACCCACUUCCUGCCCCUACCCGACGCGAAGCCGAACGAGAUGGCCAAUAGACCCGACUUUGAGUCGCCAUUGGAGCUGCCCUCGCGCGAGCGACUAUCGCAAUUCUUGGUGCUACCACCGUUCCACGGCGUAGGACACGGUGAAGCACUUUACAACACGAUGUUUCAGCAUCUCACAGCUCCCAGCAAUGUCCGCGAGUUCACGGUCGAGGAUCCAAACGAGAAGUUCGACGACCUCCGCGAUUUCUGCGAUCUCCUGUACUUGCGCAGAAACGUAGCAGAGUUCCGCGACUUACGAGUGAACCCAGAUGUGCCAGAGGACAAACUCUCAGCUACUCAAAACAUUCCUACAGAUCUUAUCGUGCCUGGCGACCUGCGCAAGAUCGUCAUGAGGGAGCACAAGAUUAUGCCACGGCAAUUCGACCGAUUGGUAGAGAUGCACACUCUCUCCUUCAUCCCGCCAUUGAAUCGUUCGAGAAGUAGGAUCACCAAGAAAGAGAAGGUGAAGAAUGAGAACGACAGAGCCUACUUCUUCUGGCGGCUGUACGCCAAGCAAAGACUUUACAUCUUCAACGCGGAUCAGCUCAAGCAGGUCGAGCACAGUGAGAGGGUCGAGAAGCUGGAGUCGGCGCUGGACAGCGUGCUUGAGGCGUACACGCAGAUGAUCGAAAAGGUUGAGAAGAGGGAGGAUAUGAUCGAAAGCGGCGAGUUUGAAGACAAUGGCAUACCUUCUGCCGAUUCCAGCUUCUCUAAGCGCAAGCGAGCUGUCGUGGCGGACGAUGAAGAUGAAGAUGGCGAGCCGGGGGCCGUGCAGGAGCGCUCUGAAAGCAACGGUCACAAAAAGGUUAGAGUCGACUGA